CAGAAAAAACGUCGAUCGGCGACUGAUCGGUCAUAUGUCACUUCCCGAAUUCCAUUCACUCCUCUCCUCACAAGAUCGAGCCAGAGGGGCGAUCCUGAUUUUUACCGCAGAUUCUAUCAGAAAUCGAUUGAAUAUGAGAGGAUGAAUAAAAUGAAGAUUACCGCAAGCAAUUCUUCAUGGUUAUUCGGGCUGCUCGUUCUCUCCACAAGCUGGCAGAUGGUCGAACUCUACAAGUCCAUUACAACCGACUUCGAGGAGAUCUUGGCGGGUGUUACAUGCUCGGUGAACAUAACAGAUUUCGAAGAUGCCCAGGAGAAGUUUAAUGACUAUAUCACAGUACACAAAGCAAAGGUGUUAAACAUUCUGAUAUCAGGCAUCGAAUGGUCGGACAGUUUAAAUGAAACGAAUGUAGUGUUUGAUCCUAACCUGUGGACAUGGGCUACAAAGGAGAGUGCCACCUUGACACAGCUGCCAAUAGAUCACAGCAUACUAUCAUUCCGACUUACACACCUGGCAAUAAUGGAUUUGGAAGUGAGUGUUGGAAGUUUUCCCACCGGUUGUGUGCAAGGAUUAACUUUUGAACAACAGCGCAUAUUGGUAAUCGAGGAAGUGCUACGUCUUACAGAGAAUGGCAUCGACGACGAGGACCUCAUCUGUCAAAGCGACUACUCGCAUCGAUCCUUCUUAUCAGAUAGGCUUAUCGGAGUAGGAAAGAGCUGUUGCAACAGGGGCGGACUAAGAGGAGGACGAGUAUACGCAGAUUGCGACCGCUACGAGAAAACUGCUCAUCGAAUUGAAGGUUUUGCAAAGUGGUUUGUAGCGAUAUCCAUCUUAGGUUUUCUUCUGCCGUUCUUGAUCAUACUAUGUACCAUGCCAUGGUGGCAGUAUAACCUGCUAUCCUUCAGCGAAACCUAUGCUAAAUACCUGUCAAAUAAGUCCGAUAAGGCGUCGAUCUUCAGACUGGUUUCUAGAGACCACACCAUUGCAGGUGAAUCAAGAGCAAACGGGAGAUUUUCGGGGAAAGAUGUGAUUAUUGAAGAUAAUGAGUUGGAGUCGUAUGAGACACCGGUGUCCCUCUUUGACCGUCCGAAAUUUAACAUGCGAGGAGUCUCACCUGGAAAGGUAAAGAUAACAUUGCUGUUCAUUUUCCAGUUUGUGCUUGCAGUUGCCUGGUUAUUGCAAUACAGCAACACAGGCGACACGCUCCGGCGUUUAGACUCGGCUGAGAAGAUAGUAGUCAAUCUCCACAACAACCCGUAUAGUUGGCUCUGGACGGACACAUCAUACUGGCCGUUCUAUGUUGCUCUUGUGCUGGUUAUCCUAAACUGUCUGCUGUUUUUAUUUCUGUCUCUGUGGUGGCUGAUGGAAUUCGAAACGGUCAGGUUAGGUUUCGCCAAAUGUCUACGACUUAAGGCACAUGACGAGGACAGUCUACUUAAAAGUAAAAAAACUAAGAACAUGUUUAAAAUAUUCUUCGUGUCGUUGGUCCUGUUCAGUUAUCCAUCUGUUUUCUCGAUGUUCAAUUGCGUCAUCUACGCCAUCGGGGGCCUCAUUGUCAGCAUCGACAUAGUGUCGCCAUGGCUGACCUGUAUUAUAUCAGUUAUAUACUACACGCAGCGCUCAUACAGAGAACUAACUGAGACUUACACGGAAAUCAAAAGAUUGGUAUUUAAAGUUUGUGAACGGGUCAAAACAUACAAGGCGACGCAUAAUGCAACGGUUGAAAUUCUGAAACGAGAGAGAAACGAGUUGUUUAUGUCUGAAACAACAUAUAGCUUCAAAUUAGAAGAAUUUGAAGGGCCCGUAUGGUUUGUCAGGAUCGUAAGGCGGGAUCCUACAGUGAGUGAAAAAAAUGAGGUAAGAACUGUCAGUUCAUCGAUCCCAAUGAAUAAUAUGUUGCCAUCACACACUGGGUCUCGUGUGGACAACGGACAAGAUGAAACGCACGUCACCAGAGACGGACCAGAUGCGACUAGCCAGGCGGGUGUCGGUAACCAGUCGGUUGCAGGAGGGCAAGGCAUCAGAAACUUGUCAGGUGCAAGUUACCAAGAAGCUACCGAAAACGAUCCAGAGGAGCAGGAAGGUACUGGCUUCCAGAAGAUCAUGAUAAACAAGGCGACGCUCCGCGGCAUCUUAGAUAUGGUUGAACCAGUCACGAGAGGCGUAACAAAGUUCGUUGUUAAGGUUUUUUCUACUGGGCUUUUUCUCUUGCUAGUCGGGAUCACCACAGUAGCAUUCCGACCUGAUGCAAUGACUGUAGCCAAUGGACUCUUCAUCACAUCCUUGUCUACUCUACUUGGCGCCUUGAUUCCACUACUGAUAGAAAUGAUGACGAAAUUGACGGCCGCGGAAAGUCGACUCAAGGCAGAUAUUUUAGAGUUCAACAUACGGAAACUUCUGUUUGUGAUCCGUCCCAAAUUCAAGGUGAUUGAGAAUGCUUCUUCGCAUGCGCCACUGCAGACUUCAUUUCUGUGUGAAACUGAUAAAACACCGCUGGUAGUUUAGACGAGUAUACUCGAAUACCUCGAAUACUGCCUCAUUCUCUGGUGAGCCAUUUCGAACGGUUACACAAUGCAGAGAACAUCUAGCAUUUGUAAAUCUUUUUUCACAACGGCAAUGUCAACAUUAAAUUAACAUUACAUGAUACUUAUUAUAAUCUAAACAUUUAGUGAAAGUUCUGUUUCAAAAUUGCCAGCCACCUAUUGGCAUCAGGAGGACGAGGCCUUUAUAAUGUUGAAUUUUUUUAAUUUCACAUCCUUGCUCUUCAUAUGGGGGGGGGGGGCAUAGCUCCCAGGAAACAUACUAAACCCGGAAGGACAUUGCCGUACAUAUACGCACAUCCUGAUCGUCCGACUAAUCAACUUUAGCCGAUUGAAAAACAACUGGAAGCUCAGGCCAACACUCGGCACCAUCGACCCGGCUUACAUAUGUAGUAACGUGUGCCAGGGGAGGAGGAUACGACUGACUCUGGAUUUUCGAGGAUGAUUUAAAAACUGAGGAGAUCAAGAUUAAACUGAAGUGGAAGGCUAUACUCACAUGCACUAUACCUGCUCGACCGUCAGGAGAAAUCAUGAAAUAUACUUCUGGGGGCUCCUAAAUGACCUAACUGUUGGUGUGAUUCCACAAACGUCUGGUAUCUCGGGCAGGUUUAUUCCCGUCCGGUGUACCAACAGGUCGGAGCAUUGUCUGCCUAGCCAACUUGACACAGAUGUCUCUGCCUGUAUCCCCACUCUGCCGCGUACACAUGUACAUGUAUUGUCCAACGAAAGACUGUUUUAUUUCCUGCAGACAGCCUUCGUGACUGGAGAUAAUAACAAGCAUGCCAAAAUAUCGGCCGGUUUUACGUGAAGCCAUAAACCAAAGGAUGAAUACGUUUUGUGAUUAAACUCUUAAUGUGAUGUAAUUGGACUUCUUAAAAAAUAGCAUUGUAAUCCUCCGUAGGUUUUGCUUGUACAGGUCACGCACCUGUAUUAAAACUAUCAGCUCGCAGUUGUACAACGAAAAGAGUUCAGUUUGAAAUCAAUGCGAGGUUUCAACAUACCAGUUGAAUUGUAAUUUCCAUUUGAAGCAUCUUCCUGAAUUGUGAAUAAGAUGUGCUACACUGGUAAAUGAACAAAAUC